AUGCGUCUCCACUACGUUGCACACGUGAUCGCUGCAGCUCUAGCUGCAAGUGCUUACGGACUUCAAGCUGUCCCCGAUGCGGUCAACCUCUCGCCCCUGCAGACGUCUACCGAGGCCCAGCACCAGACCAAUGUCGCUGAAAAGACCGAACGAUUUCUUGUAAGCGACGACAAGGAUCUGCCGCUGAUGGUGACUUUGGCCGAACCGCUUUUGUCAGCUCAGCAGGAACGUCACGCUGCCCGUCAAUUGCGCGCCUACGACAACGACGACGACGACGAUGACUGGGAGAAGCGUCACCACAGGAAGGACAAGAAGAAGGGCAAGUCUGGCGAGGUCAAGGAUUGGCGAAAGGAAAAUCGCCUUCGACAACGCAAGAAGUGGAACGCUCAGAAGAAGAAACACGCUGACCAACAGAAAAAGAACUGGCUCAAGCAAAAGAAGAAACUCGACCACAAGAACUGGCUCAAGCAAAAGAAGAAGCUCGACCACAAGAACUGGCUCAAGCAAAAGAAGAAACUCGACCACAAGAACUGGCUCAAGCAAAAGAAGAAACUCGACCACAAGAACUGGCUCAAGCAAAAGAAGAAGCUCGAGGAGAUGAAACGUCGAGAGGCGUACAAAAACGGAGGUCACGCGAAUUGA